AUGCAUUGCAUCUAUCGACCGAUGUACAUCCUUCAUACUCGCGAGUUCGCACCACAAGAUGACGACCUAAACAUGGACGACUUCACCGCAGCCCGUGCUGUCAUGGCGAACCUGGGACGCACGGUGCCGCAGAUGACUCUUUACAAUUGCGGCGCAGAGGCUGGAGCCUCCCAGGGUCACAAGCAUAUGCAAGUCUUUGCGUAUCCUUCACCUUUUCCCUUAUUUCCCGAACAGGCCCAAUCCACUCAAGAAUCCCCGGUAUUUCUUACCAGCAUUUUGUGCUACGACUUCCUGAGAAUUCUCAAGCGGAUCACAUUAUGA